GUCGACCCAUGCGUAGACUUCUUCGAAUUCACUUGUGGAAACUGGAAAGCCAAACACCCAAUUCCAAGUAAUAGGAUCAGCUACUCUCAACUUGACGUACUCUCCGACGAAAUUCAAGUGGAAAUGAAAGUAGUUUUCGAAUCGAAAGAAGUUAGUCUUUCGAAAUCGACUAGUGCUGUAAAGGUGAUGUAUCGCAAAUGCAUGGACAAAGACGAGCUUAACCGGAUUGGAGCAAGAAAGCUGAUAGAGACAAUAAAGAGCUACGGCGAGUGGCCGAUGCUGGAAGGUAACAAAUGGAGUCCUGAUCAGUUUGACUUGACAACUCUUCUUGUUGACAUCGCAGCGGUCAGAGGAGCGGACAUUUUUAUUACAAACUACAUCGCCCUUGACAGCAGAAACGUUUCUCGGAGAUUUAUAGAGUUUAACCAGGGCGAACUCGGCUUGGGUGGCUCGACUCGUGAUUACUAUUUGGACCGAGGAAAGCAUGGGAAAAUAAUCGCUGCUUACAGACAAUUCCUCAUCAGCAAGGUGAAACUAUUCCACGAAGACGCCGACCUUAUUGCAAAUGUAGGGAGAAUUGCAAGCGAUGUGGAUGAGAUUAUAGAACUUGAAACUGAGCUGGCGAAGAUCCUAGUGGCCGAGGAAGAUCGAAGGAAUUUCACUAAAAUGUACAAUCUGAGACGUCUCAGUGAUAUGCAAACACUCAUGCCUUUGGUUGACUGGGCCAGAUAUUUCUAUUCUGUUGCACCAUUUGCAGUCAAUCACUAUCUGGCUAAGGAUCCGCAAAUACUCAUAACAGAAAUCGAUUACAUGAGAAGAGUCACUGAUCUCAUCAACUCGACGGAUCCAAGGAUUAUCACAAACUAUGCCUAUAUUCGCUAUUCAUCCAGUUGGGGCGGCGAACUCGGUGAACGCAAAUCGCAGGAAUCGAAAAACGUGACGCUGCAGGUGAUCAAUGAUCUACAGGAUGCAUUCCACAACAUGGUGGUAGAGAACAGCUGGAUGGAUAAGGCUACGAAAGCGAGGGCGCUAGAUAAAGCAAGACACAUGCUUCGACAGAUCGGCUAUCCAGAUUUCAUUCUCGACGACCAGAAGGUGGAUGACUAUUACAAUGGAUUGUACAUAAAGGAAUCAGAUUCGUACAGUGAAAUGGUGGAGAAAUUGUCUCGAUGGAGCAUCGAGUUGGACUUUAAUCUACUUUUGAAACCCGUCGAUAGGAGCGAAUUUGACUUCAAUCCGGUGGUCGUGAACGCUUUUUACUCGUCCACUUCAAAUUCUAUCAAGUUCCCAGCUGCCAUUCUUCAAGCUCCGUUCUUCCACCAAACGUUUCCAAAAGCAUUAAACUAUGGAGGUAUCGGGGCGGUGAUUGGACAUGAAAUCACCCACGGAUUUGAUGACCAAGGUAGACAAUUCGAUGCCAUUGGCAAUCUGCGAGAUUGGUGGGAUGGCAAGGUGAAGGACAAGUUCGAGAAGCGUGCGCAAUGCAUUAUUGACCAGUACGACAAGAUAGAGGUUCCUGAAACGGGCCUACGUGUGAACGGCAAGCUGACACAAGGAGAGAACAUCGCCGACAACGGUGGAGUAAAGCAAGCAUUUAAGCAUGAGACCUUUAGAAAUCUUUCCACAGCUAGUAUUUCAAUUGCAGGAAAAAUCGAGAAAAUACCGAAGGCGUACAAGAAAUAUCUGAAGAAAUGUGGAAAAGAAAAGCGCAUUAAAGGACUGGAAAAGUAUAACAAUGAGCAGAUGUUCUUCAUAGGAUACGGCACGGUCUGGUGUGGCCACUCGACAACGGACUAUUUGAUCAGUCUUAUUCUCACCGAUCCCCAUGCUCCUGAAAAAUAUCGUGUAAAUCGAGUACUGGCUAAUCAACCAGAAUUCGCUGCGGCUUUCAACUGCCCCGUCGGCACACCAAUGAAUCCAACGGAGCGAUGUGCUGUUUGGUAA